AUGGCAGCACCGGGGGCUCCUCCUCAUGACGAUUCGUCGUCAGAUGAUGAAGGCCAAGCUUUCUACGUUGGUGGAUCUGAUCAUAGUGGUCAACAAGUGUUAGGCCCAAAGAAGAAGAAAAACGGGGUUUCUGUGGUGGAUCGUGUGUUUUCGAACGUCCGACCCCAUGCUGAACAAGCGGAGCCUGGCCGAGCUAAUGCCUCGAAAAGACCGUUGUAUUUUACGGGGACUGGACAUCGGUUGGGUGAAAAUGCGGAGGAAAGUUCAGACAUUUACUCCUUCGAACCUGUCGUGAGGAAUUUGUUCAUCUGUGUAGAAAUUCCUGCUGCCGAUCGUCCCCCGAGUCCAAGAGAUUUCUCCUUACUGAUGUGGGAUAACGGAUUUAGCAUUGAUGAUGGACCCUUGCGUCCAUACGAAGAAGCUGAAAAUCGCCGGUUCUUGGAACACGUCGAACGAGGGCAAAUUCCUCCCGAACUGAUUCAAAUGGCUCGAGGUGGAGAAGUAACCGUGAGCAUGGAAGACAAACGUGGAGAAACUUACAAAACGGCGAAAGCGCCUCUAAGAACUUUCGUUGGAGAGGGUCGAACCUUGGGGAGCAUAUCGCCAACAACCGUUGGAGCAACAGCAGUGUGCACUGAGCCUGAUCGGAAAGCGAACGAAGAGUUGGCCAAGAAGGAACUCAAAGUGAAUUCAACGGAACCAACGACAAACAUUCAGUUGAGGCUCGCUGAUGGGUCUCGUCUCGUGGCUCAGUUCAAUCACACUCACACUGUUCGAGACGUUCGAAUGUUUGUGGUUCGAGCGAGGCCUCAGUACGAAAUCGUUCCAUUUCUACUCAUGACGUCGUUCCCCAGUCAAGAGCUGACGAAUGAAAUGGCGACACUGAGCGAGCUCAACCUGUUGAACGCUGUGAUCAUCCAACGCGUCACGGGAUAG